UUGCGCCGCCUACUAAUAUGCGGGUGCUAUUUGAAUGUCAUUCAGAUAGCUUCAGAUCUAAACUUGCUUCACAGACGUACUGAGUGCAGCAGUGUUUCUUAACCAUACACCCAUAUUUAAAUCGUUUGCUAUGAAUGAAUCAGAGGGAUUACGUUACCGGGGUUUUAAUCGGCCUCAGAUCAUCACGGACGAGCCACCUGAGCAUGCAGCCAAGUCUGACAGCACUUACAGCGGAAGGAUUUUCCGACUGACAUUCAUGGCUUUGGCUUUUUUAUUGCUGGUACCAGUGUUAGCUGCACUUCUUAUCCUGGAGUGCCCGAUAGACCCCAGUUAUAUGAGUUUUCAGGAACCUCCUCUCAUGACUGGUGCUCUAGAAGUAAACCUGAAACUGAGGCAAGCAGAAAGACUUUUUGAAGGAGAACUUGUUGGUCCGGAGUCCAUUGUAAAUAUUGGAGAUGUCCUUUACACUGGUACAGCUGAUGGACUUAUACUGAAAAUACAGGAUGGAAAAAUACAUAAUUUGACAAGAAUUGGAAAGCCCCCAUGUGGAACAAGAGAAGAUGAGCCCACAUGUGGAAGACCUCUUGGCAUAAGGGUCAGCCCUAAUGGCACACUUUUAGUUGCAGAUGCUUAUUAUGGACUGUAUGAGGUUAACCCUGACACAGGUGAAGUAUCACUGAUACUUUCUUCAGAAACACCGAUUAAAGGAAGGAAAAUGGGCUUUGUUAAUGAUCUGACAGUAACUCGAGAUGGCCGGAAGAUCUACUUUACAGAUUCUAGUAGUAAAUGGCAGAGAAGAGAUUUCACCCUUCUGGUUAUGGAGGGCAAGGAUGAUGGGCGGCUUUUGGAAUAUGAUACUGUAACAAAAGAGGUUAAAGUGCUUUUGGAUGGCUUGAGGUUUCCAAAUGGAGUUCAGUUGUCUCCAAAUGAAGAUUAUGUUCUGGUAGCAGAAACAACAAUGGCAAGGAUAAGACGGUGCUAUACAUCGGGGCUGACAAAAGGAGGAGCAGAUAUGUUUGCUGAGAAUCUGCCUGGAUUUCCUGACAACAUCCGACCAAGCAGUUCUGGAGGAUACUGGAUAGUGAUGUCAGCUAUAAGACCAAAUCCUGGAUUUUCUACAAUAGAUUUUGUGGCAGAAAGACCAUGGAUUAAAAAGAUAGUUUUUAAGUUGCUGAAUCAAGAAACAGUCAUGAAGCUUGUACCUAAAUACAGCUUGGUCCUGGAGCUGAAUGAAGAUGGGUCAUACAAGAGGAGUUUUCAUGACCCACAUGGAAUGGUUGUGGCCCAUCCCAGUGAAGCUCAUGAACAUGAUGGUCACCUUUAUUUGGGCUCCUUCCGCUCCCCUUUUAUUUGCAAGCUCAACUUAAAGGACAUCUGAAUUUGACAUUAAGCCAGAAGCAGAGUGCACCAUAGGGAUUUGACUCUCUUAUUUCUUCAAAGAUUGCCUCACAUGUAGAAGAUAAACAGCUUAAAAUAAAGAAGAUGGGUUUCAGCCAGA